UUACAAAGUAAAUUUUAAAUUUAGAUAUUUAUUAAUUGAAAAUAUUCUUAAUUCUGUUGUACUUGGCAAGACACUUAAGUUAAUUAACGCGAUGGUCCUGUUUCAAUCUACACCACUGCGCCAUAUACUGUGAAAUACGUUUUUAAAAUCUUAUAAAUAGACCAUUCGUAAUCCUGUUCCUUAGUUUGACGUACAGCCUCCGUGUGAAACAAGUGAUUAUUUUUUUUUCUGUGUGCAGUUCUCACGCAAUUUAUUUGUUUUUGUUGUGCAUUUUUACAUUUCGUUCGGUACCCUCUGAUUUUUCUCACGUCGAACGCCGAAGAAGAAAAGAUGCCUACUGAAUGUAUUGCAAACCCUCUGCAGAGGGAACUUGCUGACUCCAUCAUAAGAAUGGCGCCUCUAGAUGAAAUUAGAAUCCUACUGGCAUGUGGAGCAAAGGUAAACGAACCGGUGACACAAGGGCUGAUGCCUUUGCACUAUGCCGUUUGGCAAAGGUACUACGAGGCGGCCCAACUGCUGCUGACAAGAGGUGGUGAUGUGAACGCCAGGGAUGAAUGCGGUUACAGUGCGUUGCAUUUAUCGGCUGAACAUGGAUUCACCGAACUGGUAAGACUGUUGCUGAAGUCCGGCGCCAAAGUCGACCAUCGCCAGAACACGGACGAGGAGUUCCCCAGGACCACCCAGUGCGACGAACCUCUGCGUCUGGCGAUCAGAAACAAGCACACCGAAAUAGCCAGGUUGCUACUGGAACACGGCGCCGACCCGAACAAGAGAUACUUCUUCGGCGCCGAGAUCAAUCUGGUCAACGACUUGGAGUUUCUGGAUUUGCUGCUGACGUUCGGCGCCAAUCCCGACAGCCGCGACAGAUCCGGGCUAACGCCUCUGAUGAAGGCCGUCCGCCAACCACAGGGUUUGGAGACGGUGUUGCUUCUGUUGAAACACGGUGCUGAUGUUAAUGCGAUGGCUGACGAAAGACACGAUUACAGAACGGUGUUACACUACGCUGUUUUAUCCGGCAAUCUGGAAAUCAUAAACCUCAUCAUAAAACAAGGAGCUAAGUUGAAUUACGAUGAAGAAUACGAAAUUGGAAAGCCCAGUCCUCUGGAUUUGGCUGUGUUGAAAGGCGAUCCGAAGAUCGUCCAACUUCUUAUACAAUCAGGUUCGAAUGUCAAUAGCAGUUCACCAAUUUUUGGAUCGCCCCUACACGUGGCUUCAGUGGACAACGUCCCAAACAGAUACGAGAUCAUAGAGAUGCUCCUAACCGCAGGUGCCGAUCCAAACUUGAAAGUAUACAACGACGUGUUGGACAGAAACUCACAGCUCAGACCGGUUUUGGUUGAAUAUCUGGCGAGCAACGAAGAGCUCAGUUUGGCUGUGGUCAAUUUGUUGAUUAAAUACGGAUCAAAGGUUGUGAUGAAAACGCAGUUCCGCGAUCCAGAUGGAAUGUUGAAUUUCCUUCACAACGUGAUGACGUCGAAAAACGACGGCAUAUUCUUCUUGCUGUUGGAGGCGUGCGAAUCGUUCGACGUGUGCAUGAUCAGAAGGAACACUGUGAUAACUCCGGAACACAAGAUGAAAUUGCUGGAAUUGGCCAGACAUCCGCAGAGUCUGAGACGACAAGUCAGACAGUAUCUCAGGAAGCAUUUGGGAAGGAAGAUCAUUCACUGUGUGGACGACUUCGAAGUACCGGAAACAUUGAAGAAAUAUUUGUUGUUUGAUUACAGCUGAAAAUUACGAUUGUAACAAUUGAAAUUGUGAUAAAGGCAUUGUCAUUUGGUUGGUGCUGAAGUUAAAGGCAAUUAAAAAUAACUAUGAUGAUAAUCCGAUUUAUUUGUUGAUGAUGAGAUUAUAAGCUUCUUUAUUGAUAACAUAAACGCUAAUCAAAUCAGCAAAAUAACCUAUAAUUUUAUGUAUUUAUAAAGGAGUAACGUUUUUAUAACUAACAAUUACUAAUUUAAUAACUAAUAACAGUUUUAAGGGUAUGUCCAUUAACGUUUGAGUAAUUUUUGUUUGUGUGAAUUAACUAACUAGUUAACUAAAAUCAGAUCCCUGUUAUAUUAAUUAAUUACACAAUUUGUUGUUAAAUAAUAUAUUUUAACAAAUAUAGUCAUUAAUAAAUAUUAAUCAUUGUAACCACAGUUAAACUGGGUACAGUUUUAGUUGCUUUUAGAUGUUGUGAGUAACAAGUUUUAUAUACAUAUUACAUAUUAUUUAUAUAAUAAACAAAUAAUAAAUUUGGAUAAAACUGAAAUUAUUAUUAAUGAUACAUUAGCUUAAUUAUAUUACUACUUUUUACGUUUAUAUUCUCUAAUGUGCUUAAGCUACUUCUCUUCUAAUAACCAUUUUAGUUAUUUUUCUGCUUAAUUAUUCAAUGUUUUAGUUACAUAUAACACAAAGUACUAAUAUACUUUUAGCUUUAUUUUUAGUUGUCUUUAAUUGUUGUGCCUUCUUUAACAUGUGAUGGAUCAGAAAGUCUAAUUGUAAUAUGAUGAUUUUUAUAUUACGAUUGGUAAGAAGACUUAACUGAAAGAAACCUGAGUAUUCCAAAAGUGAUACCUUUCUUACUUAGGAUAUGUUUCAUAUUUUUAAGUGUUUUGUAUAUUUUUAUCCUAUAAUUUAUUAUUUGUAUGUUUGUAUUGUUCGAAAAUAAAUAAUUAAUAUCUGAA